GCAGAAAAUCUUCAGACAUUCCGUCCCCUACUUCUCGUAAUCUUCAGUUCUCAGAGAAGAAGGAAGAUGAAGAGAAGGACGAUUUAUGCGUGCGGAGUAGCGAUUCUAAGCUUUGUUGUUCUGAUGAUCGUAACUCCCUCCAUUCCUCAAUCCCAAGAAUAUCACGAUUUCGCUGACCAACGCCAAUAUCUCGGCAUACCUAAUGCAUUGAAUGUGGUUUCAAACUUCCCAUUUCUUCUUAUUGGAGUCACUGGGCUUAUACUUUGCUACCGAAAUUACUUUAGGUUAAGCCUAGAAGGAGAAGUGUGGGGUUGGGCAUGUUUCUUUGUUGGUGUUGCUGCUGUUGCCUUCGGGUCCUCCUAUUAUCAUCUCAAGCCUAAUGAUGCUCGACUUGUUUGGGACCGCUUGCCUAUGACUAUCGCAUUCACGUCAAUUAUGGCCGUGUUCAUCAUUGAAAGAAUCGAUGAGAAGCGUGGGACCAUCUCUAUUGUACCUCUUAUUAUGGCGGGUAUAAUAAGCAUUUUAUAUUGGAGAUUGUUUGAUGAUCUCCGUCCAUAUGCACUGGUCCAGUUUGUUCCUUGUAUUGCUAUACCUGUGAUGGCUAUCAUACUGCCUCCAAUGUAUACACAUUCUACAUACUGGCUUUGGGCAGCAGGAUUCUAUCUGUUAGCUAAAGUGGAAGAAGCAGAGGAUGAACUGAUUUACAAAUGGACCCAUCAUAUUGUCAGUGGCCAUACCCUCAAGCAUUUAUGUGCUGCCUUGGUUCCUGUUUUCUUGACACUCAUGCUUGCCAAGAGGAGCAUCGUGUCCGAGAGGAUAAGUUUACUACAGACGUGGCGGAUUUCUUGGACAAAGGUUAAUGAAGGCCGAUUCAAGACCGAGAGUUCCAGCUGUGAGUACACGAGCGUUACAACAACAGAACCGCAAUAGUAGGUAACUAAAAUCACAAUCUACCAUCUAGCCACUAAAAACACUUAAGAUUUAUUUGAUGAAAAUAUAGCAGUCUUUCAAAGAUAUAACUCACCAGGUACAUGUAAUGACAUACUCUGAAAGCAGGUUCCUCGUGGACCUCUCUGUUGUAAAUAUCACAACUCAAAGUGGGGGAUUAACGGUUGAUAUUAGAGAAAUUGGGCCCUUGUAAUGUUUCUUCAAUUCAGAAAGGGAAAAUAAUGUAGGGGCAUUCGUGAAAGGCAAUUCUGUAGUUUCAAGCGAUGAUUCUUAUGUAAACCUGAAUGUUGAAUUAGAUAUUUAAAUUAAAGAAAUUGCUGGAAAAAUCUGAUGAUGCUCAUCAUAUCCACUUUAA